AUAUAUUAUAAUAUAUAAUUAUAUAUUUAUAGAUUCAGACUGAGAGGAAGAGAGAGAAGUGGUGGCUUUUUUGGGUCGUCGUCGUUUUCUUCUUCAUCUUCUUCUUCUUCCUUCAAAUUCCAAUUGGAACUGGAUUUGAAUUGAUCUUACUCAUCUGGGUUUUUCUGGGUUAUGCUCUGUUUCUUGUUCUGAUUCACCAAUGAAGAAAUCCACUUCGAUUCCUCAAUCGAAACCCAUAUGGGUCCUUCCAUAUCGGACCCAAAGCGUAACUGAGCUAUACAAUCUUGGAAGAAAGCUUGGCCAAGGUCAGUUCGGUACUACCUUCCUUUGUACGGACAAAUCAACUGGGUUUCGUUUCGCCUGUAAAUCGAUCCCAAAAAGAAAGCUCCUUUGCUCUGAGGAUUACGAGGAUGUUUGGAGAGAGAUUCAGAUAAUGCACCACUUGUCUGAACACCCAAACGUGGUUAGGAUCCGUGGUACUUAUGAAGAUUCUUACACUGUUCAUUUGGUUAUGGAGCUUUGUGAAGGUGGUGAGCUUUUUGAUAGGAUUGUUAAGAAAGGUCAGUAUAGUGAAAGAGAGGCUGCUAAGUUGACCAAGACCAUUGUUGGGGUUGUUGAGGCUUGUCAUUCUCUUGGGGUUAUGCAUAGAGAUCUUAAGCCUGAGAAUUUCUUGUUUGAUACUGUUGAGGAAGAUGCUGCUCUUAAAGCCACUGACUUUGGUCUCUCUGUUUUUUACAAACCAGGUGAAACGUUUUCUGAUGUUGUGGGUAGUCCUUAUUAUGUUGCUCCUGAGGUUUUGCGUAAGCUUUAUGGACCUGAAGCUGAUGUAUGGAGUGCAGGGGUUAUACUUUACAUCUUGUUAAGUGGAGUGCCACCUUUCUGGGCAGAGACUGAAAUGGGGAUCUUUAGACAGAUAUUGCAAGGAAAACUUGAUUUUGAAUCUGAACCAUGGCCUGGUAUUUCGGAAAGUGCCAAGGAUCUAAUAAGAAAAAUGCUUGAAAGAAACCCAAAGAAAAGACUGACUGCUCAUGAGGUUCUUUGCCAUCCUUGGAUUGUAGAUGACAGGAUUGCACCAGAUAAACCCCUUGAUUCUGCUGUGCUUUCGCGCCUCAAGCAAUUCUCUGCUAUGAAUAAACUCAAAAAAAUGGCUUUGCGAGUCAUAGCUGAGAGGCUUUCGGAAGAAGAAAUUGGCGGUUUAAAAGAGUUGUUCAAAAUGAUAGACACCGACAAUAGUGGAACUAUCACAUAUGAUGAACUUAAAGAGGGACUAAACAGAGUUGGUUCUGAGCUCAUGGAAUCCGAAAUCAAAGAUCUCAUGGAUGCAGCAGAUAUUGACAACAGUGGAACGAUCGAUUAUGGUGAAUUUCUUGCUGCAACUGUGCACUUGAAUAAGCUGGAAAGAGAGGAAAACUUAUUGUCAGCAUUUUCAUUUUUCGAUAAAGAUGGUAGCGGUUUCAUAACAAUCGAUGAGCUUCAACAAGCCUGCAAAGAGUUUGGUUUGAACGACUUCCACCUCGACGAGAUGAUACAAGAAAUCGAUCAAGAUAAUGAUGGACAAAUUGAUUAUGGGGAAUUCGCUGCGAUGAUGAGAAAGGGCAAUGGGGGAAUAGGGAGGCGAACAAUGCGAAACCAGAUCAACUUGGGAGAUGCUCUAGGAUUGUCUAACUCGAACUCGAGCUCCAGCCAUGGAGAUGGAGAUAGAGUUCCUAAUGUUGAUGAGUGACAUAAUUUAGUAACUUCCACCUUAAGAGAGAUUGAGAAGAGUUUUUGGUGGAGUGGGAGUGGAUAGUCUUUUUGAGAAUGUUAUUACAACAUGAAGAGAAACCAUUUCUAUAUAUAUUAUUUGGUUAAAUCAUGGUAAUUGUAAUCUAGACUCAUUUCUUUAAUUAAUUGGUUGACAUAUUAUAUUAUGCUUUUA